CGGGCGGUCAGCACGAGCGGGCGGCACCAUGGCCUUGAGCCUUUUGCAGGACUGGUGCAGGGGGCUGGACGUCGACGUGCACAGGGCGCUGCUGGUCACCGGCAUCCCCGAGGGCCUGGGGCAGGCGGCCAUCGAGGCCGUCCUGAAGCCCGCCUUCCAGGCCCUGGGCACGUUCAGGCUGAGGAGCACGAGGGCCCUGAGAGACGAGAAGGCCAAGGCCGCCCUGGUGGAGUUCGUGGAGGACAUUAAUCACCCCGCCAUCCCCAGGGAGAUCCCGGGCAAGGACGGCGCCUGGAGGGUCCUGUGUAAGGACCGCGCGGAGGACACGCGAGUCCUGAGGCAGAUGAAACGCUUGCUGCUGGAUGAAAGGGCCCCCGGGGACACGAGCAGAGCCAGGGGCAGCAGGCUGGCGCAGAAGGGCAAGAAGCGGGGCCGGGGCGGGCGGCCGUUCACCGCCGCCUCCGCGCGGCGCGGGUCCGAGGACUCCUCCUGCGACAGCCUGGGCGUGGUGAUCGAGGAGAUAGACGAGGAGGACCUGAGCGGGCUGGACGACCAGAGGGCCCUGUACACCACGCUCCAGGUGGCCGCCAAGGAGCUCGUGAAGAAAUGGGCUCUCCAGGGUGACCCAGAGGACGGAGACGGCCCCCGCGAGUUCUUGGCUCUGGUGACGGUGACGGACAAAGCCAAGAAGGAGGAGAUGGACAAGGAGACCCCGGGGGCUGAGUCCAUCAGCCUCAACAUCGAAGACCUGAGCGGGGUCCCCGAUUUGGUGGCCCUCCUUGCCGUGAGAGACACUUCUGGCGAGGAGCCCCUAGACAGCGACGCUUCCGAGGGCGAGUCGCAGGAAAACGGGGGCCAAGAGCAAGAGGGGGGCAACCCUGAGUUUGUGGCCAUCGUCGCGUAUACAGACCCCUCGGACCCGUCCGCCCGGGAGGAGAUGUUGAAAAUCGCGUCUGUGAUUGAGUCGCUGGGCUGGAGCGACCAGAAGGAGCAAAAAGAUGCGCUUCCCGAGGUGCUGUCCGUCAUGUCCAAGGACACGUCCGGCACCCGCGUGAAGGUGGAGGAGGCGGGCCGCCAGGUGGACGCCAUGGUGCUGAGGAAGGCCAAGGCCGACGGGAACCUCCUGGAGUGCAUUUCCACCUUGGCCGAGCCCGAGACCCUCCCCAAGGGGAAGAAGGCUCCGCGGGGCCUCUUCGGGGGCUGGGGAGACGAAGAGGAAGAGGUGGGCCUCCUGGAGCUCGUGGCGCUGCUGGCGGCCCAGGACCUGGCCGAGGUGAUGAAGGGAGACCGGGAAGAAGCCCGGGAGGGCGGGAAGUCGCGAUGCGCCAAGGGCGGCCUGGGGGAGGUGCUGGCGCUCCUGGCGGCGGCGCGCGGCGGCCGGGAGUCGGAGGAGGAGUCGGAGGGGGCGUCGGACGGAGGCUCAGAGGAGGCGUCUGAGGACACGGAGAGCGAGGAGUCGGAGCCUGAGGACCGGGCGUCCAGGAAGCCCCGUGCCAAGCGAGCCCGCACGGCCUCUAAGGUCCUGGGUCAGGCCGGCACCCCCUCGGGGUCCCGCAAAGCCCGACGGGGAGGCCGGGGCCGCGGGGGGAGGGGCAACACCCCCGAGAAGAAAGCCAAGGACGAGGCGGCGGGCGACAAGAAGAAGAAGGGGGGGCAGCCGCCCACCGGCUCCAAGCCGGCCCGCGGGAAGAAGGCUCGUCGGGGCGGGAGGCUGCCCCCCAAGUGCCGCUAG